AUGGAUUCCUCGAUACCACAGGAGCCGCCUAAGUCAUUGGCUCAUGUCAAACAUGUUGUGCUUAUUCUUUCGGGAAAAGGAGGAGUUGGUAAAUCAUCAGUAACCACCCAAACUGCACUUACGUUAGUCAAUAAAGGUUUCAAUGUUGGUGUUUUAGAUAUAGAUUUGACUGGUCCGUCGCUACCGAGAAUGUUUGGAGUUGAGAAGAAGCAAGUGCAUCAAUCUACUUCUGGUUGGGUUCCAGUUUCAGUUUAUAAAAGACCUAGUGUUAAAGAAUAUCCUGUCACUGAUCAGGACGAUGAAGAUGACCAAAAGCCAAAAGUUGAAAGAGGAAACUUAUCGCUUAUGUCACUAGGGUUUCUACUUGGAGACAGGGGUAAUAGUGUUGUGUGGAGAGGACCAAAGAAGACCGCUAUGAUACGCCAAUUUUUAAAAGAUGUUGUAUGGGGAUCAGCUGAGGAGCCUUUGGAUUAUCUAUUGAUUGAUACACCGCCAGGUACAUCGGAUGAACAUAUAGCCAUAGCAGAAGAAUUAAGAUGGUCCCAGCCAUUAGAUGGGGCCAUGAUUGUGACGACCCCUCAACAGGUUGCUACGGCCGAUGUCCGUAAAGAAAUCAAUUUUUGUAAAAAAGUUAAUUUCAACGUGUUAGGAGUGGUCGAAAACAUGAGUGGGUUUAUAUGUCCUCAUUGUGCUGAAUGCACUAAUAUUUUUUCGAGUGGAGGAGGAUUAUCGUUGAGUCAACAAUUGGAUUUAACAUUUUUAGGAAAUGUCCCGAUUGAUCCCAGAUUUGUCGAAAUGAUUGAAAUGCAAGAUAAUGAGCAAAAUAACGGUAAGAAAAAAUUGAUUGAUUUGUUUGAAGAUUGUGAAUUGAAACCAAUCAUGAAUAGCAUUGUUGAUAAGAUACUUGAUAAAAAUUUACCAUCAAGAAUCUAA